GGUAAACCGGACGCCAUGUUGUUGGAUCAUGCACAUCUGUAAGGAGCGCGGAGGGAUCUCAGAGUUCUUACACCGUUCUCUGAUGAUGAGUAAAGACAAGAUGGAGGUGACGGAGAAGAUCCUGAGCCUCACCCUGGAGAUCAUCUUCCUGCUGACCGGAGAGGAUUUUGUCCUCAGUAAAAAAAAGAACAACCAGACCUCAGACGACUGCCAGGCAUGUUUAUCAGAGGAAUCGACCAAGGAUCAGAGUCCCUGCAAGGAGAGUCCAUGUCAGUCUCCAGCACAUGAGAAGACCCCAGAGGAAGAGACCCCAGAACCCAGCGAGACCACCCACAGUAUGGGGGAGGUGACCUCAAAACCCAACGAGACCACCCACAGUAUGGGGGAGGUGACCUCAAAACCCAACGAGACCACCCACAGUACAGCAGACAAGGUGACCCCAAAACCCAUCGAGAUCACCCACAGUACAGCGGAGGAGGUUCCGGUGCGGUGCGAGGACGUCGCCAUCUUCUUCUCCAUGGAGGAAUGGGAAUAUCUGGAAGGACAUAAAGAACGUUACAAGAAUGUGGUGUCAGAGAGACAACAAUCUACUGGCUGUGACGGGGUUAAUGCUGCAGAGGAAGCUAAAGAGCUGAAUAACAACAUCCAGGUGGAUCCGGCCGCCGCCAUUACUGAUGCCCCCUCCACAGGUGGACAUAGUCCUGCAGAACCCUGUGAAAGCUGCCCGAGCCCCCCCACUUUACAGGAAUGUAUGGAGGAAGAUGAUGGGAUGGAGACACAAGAAAUGCAGGAUCAUCCGGCGGAGGAGAUAUCACCGCUUCAGUGUAAAGAGGAAGACGUUCCAGUGGAGAUCAGCUCAGGUGACCAUAGUCCUAUACAUCCCCUGGAGAUAAGCGGUGACCCCGUCUGUCCUCAGGACUGUGUAGAGGAAGGUAACAGGAUGAUCCCACAGGUGUAUCAGGCUAAAACUGAAGACAUUUUGCCCAAAUGGUGUAAGAAGGAACCAGAUCCUCCUAAGAUCAACUCGGGUCUACCAACCAGCUGGAAGGUCCAACCUGACACCCCCCACCUGUUAAUUCCCGUCCACCAUAAAAACGGAGCAAACCCGAGAAAGAUGGAAGGGAGUAUAUCAAGUAACAGUCCCCCCAUGGUGGUAAUGGUAAAACCCAAGACGGUUCUAAAUGAAGCCCCGCCCCCGAGGAGCAAACCAGACCUAUCGCCUCGUUUUUGGCAAAAACCAAAAGUAGAUGCCUCCUCCAGUAGCCUGAUGAACUUUGGAGGAGGGGCUAUAAACUUACCGCCCAUCCAGGAGAGCCCCUUGGUGCAUAAAUGCCUGCAAUGUGGGCGGAGCUUCCGAAACCACAUCGAUCUGAUCUCUCACCAGAGGACACACGAAAAAGUGUUCCACUGCGCGCUGUGUCAGCAGAGCUUCAUGGAUAAGUCCGCCCUGGUGGUCCACGAGUGGACUUUUCACAUUCAGGAGCCCAAGAUGGGGGAACCGGCCCAGACCAAACCCUCAACGAAGGACGACCGGCCGUUCUCCUGCCUGGAGUGCGGGAAGUCGUUCAUGAAGAAGUCCAGCCUGGUCAAGCAUCAGAGGAUCCACACGGGCGCCUUCGCCUGUCCCGAUUGUGGGAAGUGUCUCUCGGAUAAGACGGGUCUUAUUAUACACCGGAGGACUCACACGGGAGAGAAGCCCUACGCUUGUUCUGAGUGCGGGAGACGCUUCACCCAGAGGUGCCACCUCAUCACCCAUCAGAGCGUCCACAACAGUAAGGAAUCCUUUGCCUGCUCCGACUGCGGGAAGUGUUUCUCGGUCAGGUCGGUCCUGGAAGCCCAUCAGGCCUUUCACAAUCGGCACAAGGCCUUCACCUGCUCGGACUGUGGAAGGUGCUUCCUGCAGAGGUCCGCCCUCAUGGCACAUAGCAAGGUUCAUGCGCAGCAGUCAGACUCCAUGUCCUGAUCCUGGUGGGGGUGGCAUUUCUGGAGUAAUCGUGGUCACAAAUGGUCUAGUCCAAGUUAGUUUCUAGAAUAAUUAAAGGGGUUUAUACAUCUUAUCCCCUAUCCAAAGGAGAGGGGAUAAGAUGAAUGAUCGCAGGGGUCCCGCUGCUGGAGCCCCCCGCGAUCUUGGUGCAGCCCCCAGCAUUCUGCGCCGGGCACUGCCUCCUCGACCGAGACGUCACGGCCACGCCCCCUC